AUGGGAAUCCCUCCACUAACGGCACAUGUUUGCGUUUCUGGAGCGUGCAACGUCGAAGAUAUUAAUGGUAAUAUUUUUGCAAGUUUCUUAGGCAUCUUCGCGUGGAUCAUUUUGUGUAACCUUGUUUUCAUUGACGGGGUGUUUCGCGAGACGCAGACGUUGACAGCCAAGAGCGAGCUGAAAGCUGCAAACGCUAUUCUCCAGGGCACGUGUGACGUGGUGGUAGUAUUCGGGCAGGAGCUGAAGGUUACUCAUGGCGAGCAAACCGUGGCGAACAUGCUGAUGAUGACCCCUAUCAAAGGUCCAGGGCGAGAGCGUAUUGCCCCUGAUCGCCGAAGAGGAACGCAAAAGAUUUGCUGA